GUACACCAACACACUACAGGGCAACGAGCAGCGUGUGUAUGAGUUCAUUGUGCGUCACUUCCUGGCGUGCGUAUCCCUUGAUGCUGUGGGGCAGGAAACGGUGGUCGAGGUGGAAAUGGCUCACGAGAGGUUCUCCGCCAACGGCCUCAUGAUCAUCAGGAGGAACUACCUGGACGUGUACCCCUACGACCGCUGGAGCACGAAGGUGAUCCCAGUGUAUGAGCAGGGUAGCCAGUUCCAGCCGUCAGCGAUAGAGAUGCUGGAUGGCCAGACCUCUCCUCCUCAACUCCUCACGGAGGCAGACCUCAUAUCACUGAUGGAGAAACACGGCAUCGGUACGGAUGCCACCCAUGCAGAUCACAUUGAGACGAUAAAGAGCCGUAUGUACGUGGGACUGACAGCUGAUCAGAGGUUUCUACCAGGAGAACUUGGGAUGGGACUGGUGGAGGGUUAUAACUCCAUGGGGUAUGAGAUGUCUAAGCCACACCUGCGGGCGGAGCUGGAGGCGGACCUGAAGCUGGUAUCGGAGGGGAGGAAGGACAAACAGAGCGUGUUGAGACAUCACAUUCACAAAUACAAGACGGUCUUCGUAGAGUCUGUUAAGAAAGCCAAGAGGUGA